AAAGAAAGAAGAAAGGAAUGGGGGAAGCUCUGAAACUCCCUAUCAUAGACCUCUCUUCACCGGACCGCUUCUCCACUGCCGAUUCAAUCCGUCAGGCAUGCAUAGAAUAUGGUUUCUUUUAUCUGGUGAAUCAUGGCGUAGAGGAAGAAAUACUUGGAAGAAUAUUUGAUGAGAGUAGGAAAUUCUUCUCACUUCCCUUGGAACACAAGAUGAGUUUGGUUCGCAAGGAACAUAGAGGUUAUACGCCUCUCUAUGCUGAGAAUCUUGACCCCUCUUCACCUUCUAAAGGUGACUCAAAAGAGAGUUUCUACAUUGGUCCUUUAGAAGGAACUCAUAGUAACUUGAAUCAGUGGCCCUCCGAAGAAGUUCUGCCGUCUUGGAGAUCCACGAUGGACCUUUUCUAUAAAAAAGUCCUGUAUGCUGGAAGUAGAUUAAUCCAUUUAAUUGCUCUAGCUUUGAAAUUGGAUGAAGAUUUCUUUGAGAAAGUGGGAGCAUCGGAUAUUCCUACCGCAUUUUUACGCCUGAUACACUAUCCAGGUGAAUUAGAUUCGUCUGGUGAAGAAAUAUACGGUGCUUCUGCUCAUUCAGAUUAUGGAAUGAUAACUCUUCUAGCAACUGAUGGCGUUCCAGGACUGCAGCAGGUCUGCAGGGAGAAAUUCAAAGAACCAAGGGUAUGGGAGGACGUGCCAAGUAUCAAGGGGGCGUUCAUUGUUAAUAUUGGGGACAUGAUGGAGAGAUGGACUAACUGUUUAUUUCGGUCAACGCUUCACAGAGUGAUGCCAACAGGACAAGAACGCUACUCUGCGGCAUUCUUCUUGGAUCCCAACAAUAGCUGUGUAGUGGAAUGCUUGGAAAGUUGUUGCAGUGAAUCCUGCCCCCCAAGGUAGAGAAUAUUCUGAAUUCCUUUGAUUGCAAUUUGUCAUGAUUUCCCCCAAUUCGCAGUGGGGACUACCUUAAAAAGCGGUUCAGGCUUACAUAUGGAUCAUAACAUCUGCUUUCAGCCUGU